GUGAAAGCCUUAUAGGCUGGAUGUCCUUUGUGUGUGUCAUUAAGUACUUAAUUCUACAAUGUACGGGUGGUUACUUGAGAGCGUGCAACAUUUUAUUGUGCAAGAAUGUGGUGUAGAAGUAUGGGACACAAUUUUAAGAGAAGCAGGAGGAAGGAAUACAGUUUUUAUGACAAGACAGCAAUAUCCUGAUGCCCUUAUGCUACGCGUGGCUUCAGCAUUAGCUCGCUUCAUCAACAACGAUGGUAGCAGUCCUGCACCGACGGCACCAAGCAGUCCAGCGCCAAGAAAACUUUCCCUCAAAUCUAAACCCGCAUGGAGAAGUGCUUCUGUACACACAGAUAACAGAAACCAAGCAUUUAAAUGUCCAUUCAGUUCAACAAAUGCUUUAACAGCUGCGACAAAGAAAGAAAUCGACGCCUUCAACUCCUCCGAGGAAAUACGAAGUGGUAAUGUAUCAACAAAAAGGAUUAACGAGUUGGAAGAACUAAAUUUAACUCCAACGCGCCUGAAUGUUCGAGAUCGUAGAAGCUUGGGAGUCCGCUUAGAGACAUUUAAAAGCGAUGAAGAACUUGACGACGAACCGUGUGAAGCAAAAGAGAUCGUUACAGUUGAAAAAUCAGAGCCCGAACAAAAGUCUCCUAUUACAACUGGGACGAGGAAGAGUUCAAUAAAGCGAACCAAUAGGAAAGUAAGCUGUACUCUUGCAGUUGACGUUUAUAAAAGAAGAGGUUCUGGAGCACCGUUAAGACCAAGAUUAAACAGCUUGGGUAACGUUGAAAGAUUAAAUGAACUGAAAGAGAAAUUCGGUACACCAGAAAAGGUUAUGCACUUCUUCGGAAGAUGCUUUGUAAAGUUUUUUUCUAAUUACGGAUAUGACACCAUGAUUCGUGCAACAGGCCGUUAUUUUUGCACAUUCCUGCAAUCUGUGGACAACAUUCACCAGCGCAUGAGGUUUACGUUUCCAAACAUGAGGUCUCCAAGUAUGCAGCUGACCAGAGCUCAUAGACAUGGAGCUGAAUUGGUAUACAGCAGUGGCAGAACAGGCUACACACACUACCUUAUGGGUCAAUUGUAUGAAAUAGCUGAAGACAUUUUCUCACUAAAGCUGAAGGUAACGAUCGUAAAAGAAAGCAUGGAGGGUAGUUACUACGUGGCAGUUCUUCGUCUAGAGUUUGACAACAGUGAUUAUGUGCAAUCAUUAAUGGCGAAGAAGUCAUUGCCAUGUCUACUGCCACCUGUGCCAGCCUCUGUUCUCCUUCAACUGUUCCCGUUUGGAGUACUUCUGGAUAGGAAAAUGAAGAUCUUGGUUGCAGGUGAAAAGUUGGUAGAAGUUUGGGGAGGCCCCUCCACCCGCAUAGAAAAAUCAUCCAUCAAUGAAAUUAUGAAGCUCAGAAAACCAAAAGUCGCCUUUACUUGGGAUAAGGUAGUAUGCAUGCAGACAAUUAUGUUUGAGUUGGAGCUAAUGCGAUACAGAGCACACCACUUCGAUGACUCCCGACGAGGAUCACAAGGUGCCAGGGCUGUGCUGCUCAAAGGUCCAAUACAUUUACUGGAGGAAAUUGAUGCGCUUAUAUUUCUAUGCAGUCCUAUCUUUAAUGAUCUAGAUGAGCUAAGACAAGCAGGUCUCUAUUUAGCAGACAUGAAUGGGCAUGGUCUUUCCAAAGAGCUGGUACUCCGAGGGUGGCAGCACCUAUCACGUUUAGAACUACUCUUCGAGAAAGCUGAAAACAGAAGUAUGAGUUUAGAAAAAUCAUGUAGACUCUUGGAUGAAUGGAAGAAAAAAGGUGACCAAUUGUUAUACUCAAUGAUACCAAGGUCUAUUGCUUACCAUUUGAGGGCCGGGAAGUCACCAAUGUCUGCAAAUCAGGAGUUUGAUUGCGUGACCAUAAUGUUUUGCGGGAUACAAAUUACGGAAACGGACACAAGAACAGGAGUUAUGGCUACUGUGGGUUACAUGAACGACGUCUACUCAAGAAUCGACAGAUUAUUGGACUCACACAGAGUUUAUAAGGUAGAGACGGUAGGAACAGUGUACAUGGUGGUAUCUGGAGCACCAGAGCGCCGGCGGGCCCACGCUCAGAGCGCGGCUAGUGCUGCGCUGGCAGUCUCAAGAGCUCUACCAAUGCUGACAAUUGGAAUCCACUCUGGACCGUGUAUAGCGGCUGUGCUAGGAAGGAAACAACCGCGGUAUACACUGGUUGGGGAUACCGUUAACACGGCCAGUAGAAUGCAGACCACAAGCGAGCCUGGCCGUAUCCAAAUUUCAUCUAGGACUAAGGAAGAGUUACCGGCCGGAAAGUUCAGAUUACGACGACGUGGAGUUAUCAAAGUGAAAGGUAAAGGAAUGAUGGAGACAUUCUGGCUUGAAGGCGAGAUUGAGGAGGACGAUCAAGACGAAGCGCUGCAGCUGUUUUCUGUGCUCUGUGGAGAUAAUUAGAUUAAUGAGGAUAUGGGUCCUUUAGAUAUAUAGGGACUGCCUUUUUAUUUUGGGCACGUAGCUACCAUUAAUGAAAGUGCACAAUAUAAUAUAUUUCAACAUAAAAAGUACCUAUAUAAAAAAAAUAAGACGUGAAGUAUAAAUAGUAAAUGUUUUCUAUUGUAGAUAUUUUGUACGGGCAUAUAUUUGAAAAGAAACAAAAUAUAUUCCUUAAUAAUUUAAUACCAACAGCGAAUUAAAUUCGUAUUUAUUUUUUAUUUUCAACUACUUUUACAUAGUUUCAUUUAUAUAUAUUUAUAUUUCAUAAAUAAACAUAAAACUUACACAAAGUUUAAACUGGAAUGGUAAAUAAUCACAAAUUAUUUAUAAAAACUAAUAACACGCGCAAAAAUAUAGAAUUUUUUCCUUGAGGUAAUGUGUACUAACGUCUAGAGAAACCAUUCCGAACUUUUAGGGCGCAACUUGAUGACAGCGGGCAAGCACUUUGACUUUCAUUCAUUCAUGUCAUCACCAGCUUAAUCGAUAUUUAAAUACGUAACUAUUACAUCCCAUCCCUACUCUGUGCUUAAAGUAAGCGUGUUUUAACUUUAAUAAAGUUAAGCUUAGUGGUGUAAAGUAACUUCUUGAUUUUUACUUGUUUUUUGAAAGUUAGUAUAACAGUAUAUUAAUACAAAUAUACAUAGGUAUAUUUUAAAACCAGCACUCAAAUGCGUGUUAUCCAGUACAAACGCCUACCAUAGACUAAGUGAUUUAACUAUAAACAAUAAAGAUGAAAUAUCUUCUCUAGUACGGAGUAAAUAUUACCUCAGUGGAAUUAAUACAUGAUACAUUUAUAUAAACAUGAUUGAUACCUUCUAGAAAUGAGAAAAAAAAUUACAGCAGUAUAAACAUCGUUCUUGAAACGAAGUCGAUUGCGGAUGUGUGGAUAGCACACUAGGAUUAUUACAAUUCAUAAAAUUCGCCUACAGGUUUUUUGUCGUCAUCGCAAAUUAUAACAAUAUUACGGAAUUAUUUCAGUUUUAUGGUGAGCUACCUAAUCUAUACUAAUAUUAUAAAGCUGCAGUGUUUGUUUGUUUGAACGCGCGAAUCUCUGGUACUACUGGUCCGAUUUGAACGAUUCUUUCAGUGUUGGGUAGUCCAUUUAUCGAGGAAGGCUAUAGGCUAUGUUUUUUUUUUCAAAAUUAGGGAUCCGUAAUAAAGUUGCUAUUUUGUAACACAAGGUGUAAAAUCGAAAACCUAUUUUUGCGUGCGCUGCAAAAACUAUUGACAAUAGAACAAAAUUAUGUACAGGCUAUAAUAUAGGCAAUAUUUUAUUACUUAUAAAACUAUCGCGUGAAUUAUACUUUAUAUGGCAAAACAACGUUUGCCGGGUCAGCUAGUCUUGUAUAAAAUGGAGAUAGCCGAAAUCCACUACCUUAUAAGCAACUGAUCGCUUUCAAACCUAGCCGGAUUAUACGUUGUCCUUAUCGUCGUCGGUAGGUAGUUUAAAUCACAAUAAUACUGAAUAAUCCGUAAUAUUAGAAUACAAUACAAUGACAACAAUACGUAGGUUUAUAAAAAAAUAAUUUCGAAUGGCUUUGAUAAUAAUCCUGCGAUAUAGACGCAGCUUUCAACUUAUAUAAAGUCUCAUAAUAAGCUUAAAUAAUUUAAGUUAUUCAAUUUUAAUGUUUUAUGCUUAGAUUAAGGAUUGGUGUCCGCUGCGCUCCAACUAGAUACCGCAUUACCUAAGAACAAUAGCUUUUUUAUUACUGCAACUAUCAGAUGCUUGUGUGCGUGGCAUCUUGACACUCAAUGGUAUCUUUCAAAUUUUGUAACAUACGCUUCGUGUUAUUUUACAUUGAAAUGAAUACAAUACAAAUUUUCAUAAUACAAAAUUUCAAUUACUUAUUAGCAAAGUUUAACAGAACAUGAGGCACGUCAACGUCACACAUUGUUCUGGACUGGCUCGAGUAUGCCCAGUAGGUCGUAGUAUUAGCCUCGCACUUUGUGACUACGAAUGCGGUAGGCGGUAGGUAUCUAUUUGGAGCGCAGCGGAGACCAAUCUUUUAUCUAAGGCUUAAGCAAAUAUUACGCAAUUUUAAUAUGUAAUAUGUAUAGUACAAUAAAUGUUUGUAUUAAAAAACAAACGUAUGUGAUGAAACUACCACAGAUAUAGAUGAAGAUCGUUUAUUCCUCGCUGCCAACCAACACGCGCUGUGGUUUAACAAAUACAGCCAACAUUAUCUUGACACAUGUCAAUGUCAAACAUACCUUUGACACAUAUUUAACAUUUUCAGUAUUUGAUAUCUCUUAAAAUGGAAAAAUUAAACAAUUUCUUGAAUAUUCAAUAUAAAAUAACCAUUUAUACGUCUGGAUAGACUGUGACAGCUGUGAAAACGACGAAAGAAAUUGAGGUUGACACUUACACAUACCUCUACUUUGAGCAAUGCACGCACACUAUCACAAAGUGACAUACAAAUCGCGAGUGUAAGACGUAGCUUAUCACGCACACUAAAGUAUUAAACGUGGCCUGUUGUUAUUGGUUGUCUAGCAGCUAAAUACUCUGUGUAGACGUAUAAAUUAUCUAAGUAAAUAACACAAGUAAAAUCUGAGGCAAAAAUUCCAUAAGAAAAAAAAUUCAUGAUAAAAUAAAAUUUAAAUGUAUUGAAUAAAAAAUUGUUUGCACCGAAACUAUACUAACUAAUAGAUUUGAUUUUUUUUUCUAGUAUCCGCCUAAAAAAAUUAUGUCUAUAAUAAAUUAGAAUACACAAGGUUAUGGAGUGAAAGAACGAAAAAUUUCAAUUCACUUAUCAGUAGUUUACAGUUUAUUAUGUUGGUGUGAACGCUGUCAAUGUAUCAGACUGGAUCAAACAUGUCUCAGACCUAUAAUAUGUGAACGCAAAUGUGUUUUAUACUCGUACGUUACAUAUAGACUUGUUUGCAACACAGUGUGAACGAAAGUAUUAUUCAGACAAGUGCAAUACAUGUUUAAAACAAAUAAUUAUGUUUUGACAAGUAUUCAACAAGUUUUGUAUAAAACAAGUUUUAGAUUUGUUUCUUGGUGUAAACGAGGAGUUAGUGCGUAUUAGUUACAGAACUGAUUAUUGUUCACAUUCUAUAUGUUAACAUAGAUAUAAUAUACUUUAGAUUCUAAAUUUAUAUAUUAUUAAAACUAAUUUAUUAUAUUUAAUCAACAGUGCUUAUAUAUUUGAGCGUUUAAUACUAUGCAUACUCUUUACCGUGUACCUACUAGUAUUCAAAGUGUAAAGUUUUGUUGGAGUUAUUGAUGUGGUAUUUUUUUCUUGCAAGGUUUUGGGAGUUGCGAGUAAUAAAUUAAACAUAAUAUUUAAUAUUUAAA